CGCUCCUUCAUAAAAAACCAUGUCAAUGCUAGCAGCCUUACGAACAGCGUCGCGCUCAAGUCCAAUCCGUGCAGCUGCUUUAGCUGCUGCUCGCCGUCCGCAGAGCUUUUCGCCUUUCGUGCGGACCCUCGUCACGAAAAAAUACACUAGCGACCAUGAAACUAUUUCUUUUGACGACGCUACAAACAUUGGUACGGUAUCCAUAACGGAUUAUGCACAAUCGAGUCUUGGGGAUGUCGUUUUUGUUGAGUUGCCUGCGGUUGGCACAAAAGUGUCUAAAGGCGACCAAAUUGGUGCAGUUGAGAGUGUGAAGGCAGCAUCGGACAUCUACUCGCCCGUCUCUGGGACUGUAGAAGAAAUUAAUAGCGGACUUGCAGACCAACCUGGUCUGAUUAACAAAUCUCCUGAAGACAAAGCAUGGCUUUGCAAAAUCAAGCUUUCCAACCCGAGCGAGGUCGAAGGGUUGAUGAACGCAGAGGACUACAAGACACACUGCGAGUCCUCGUGAAGAAUCUCGCGAUAAAUUGUGGUUACCGUAGUCCUUUACGAUAUGCAUUAUAUAGUUAUUCGCAAAAAUGGAUAGCUUCAACAUGCUAGACGGCUUCAACAUGCCCAAAACAGUCCAUGCGAGUAAAUAAGCGUCUUGUUGUCUAUCAUCACAUAAUAGAGUUGAUUGCGCGACGUAGUUAAUUGUGAGUGGUGGUGGUACUACGAUGAUGGCUUAUAUUCGACCUCCUCGCCGCGCGCUUCCAUGCGCUGCUUCGCCUCCUUCAAGGCCCAGCUUUGUAUACUAGUGUCGGGCUUGUAGUAAAGGCCAACUGCCGCAAACACCAUGCCUCCGAACAUUCCCCAAUACCACAACAUCUCCCAGCCUUCCCUUUGGCGUGAUUGACCAGGUGGUAAAGGCUUCUCGCCGAACAGAUAACCAGACGGUUCAUUGUAGUGCGGCGCACCUCCAGCAUUUCGUCGUUGUUGCCUCAGCACAGGUUGGGCAUUAAUGCGCGGCACACGCCGCGCUACUGUGGACAACAUUGAUGGUGGUACUUUG